GGAUGACUACAUAAAGUUUCUAGGGAUCAAUUUAGCCAGAACGACCCACCAAAUGUAUAAAUAUAACUAUGAGAAACUAUCACACGAAAUAUCGCAGACGCUCGAAAAGUGGCAUAAUGAUUUCCACUCGUGGCACGGGCGCAUAGCGGCUUUCAAAAUGUCGCUGUUACCUAAACUACAGUAUCUAUUCCGCUCACUACAGAUCCCCAUCCCUAGGCACUACAUGACCAAGUUACAAAAAACCAUCACACGAUUCACAUGGGCAAAUAAAACCCCUAGAGUAGCACUCUCCACGAUCAAAAAGCCAAUAGAGAAAGGGGGCAUGGGUUUCCCAGAUAUCAGACUAUACUACAAGGCGGCGCUGCUAUCCACGGUGACCGUGGCACACAGGGCAGAUAACCCACCACAAUGGGUAGCUAUUGAAACCCAUGAGUCGUGCAGAGCUGGGAUGCACCAUCUAUUCUGGGUGCCAAAACACCUGAGACCAGCACCACCCCAAAUGCUGGAAACCACAAAACUAUUGCUGCACACAUGGGAUAAAAGUAGAGCGCACCUCAGCGAAACAGGUGACCUAUCACUUGCCUCAACGAUGUAUAGCAUAUACCUGAGAAACCCAACAUUUGACUUUAGGGCAUGGACAAAGGCAGGGUGCACGCACAUACACGAUCUGUACACAGGAUCCUCUCUUAAACAAUUCCCGGACAUACAAGCUCAGUACAAAAUACCGAAUAGAGCAAUUUUUUCAUACCUACAGAUCAAAUCGAUGCUACAACACCACACCCCCCCACCUGGGACAUCCGCGAUGUCUGACUACGAGGCAUGCUGCCUCAAGGGAACCCCACACAAAUGA